UGUGUGGAUAUGAUUUAGUGAUGUUAUUCUAGUGUAUAUCUUUGGUGGACAAGACAUUGCCCAAUUACUUAAUUGUGGUGGUAGGUGUAUGUAUGUGUGAUUUGGGUCCCAUUCCCAGUUCCACGGACCCAAACGACGUGCCUCCCUCCCUCCUAACAAAACAAAAUAAAUAACAUUAAAUUUGGUGUAUCCCAAAAAAACGAACCACACCUUUUAAUAGUUUCCUUCCCUCCUACAUGGUCUCCACGUUUAUUUUUUCAUUGCUUUCUUAAAUUCACCUCAUAAAAAUAUAACCGACCAUCUGAGCUGUGUUUCUUUCUUACUUUCCUUGAAAAUAAAUUUAGUUGAGGUUGAGGAAUGAGGUGAGUGAGCUUUUUUAAUGAAAAGUCAAAAACACAAAGACAAGUCACGUUGUUUCAAUUCAAUUAUCACCCAAGUUUCAACUUUCAAGCCUCACUCACUCAUUUUUCCUCUUUUUCUUCGAGAAACUGUUCUGUUCUUUGCUUUCUUUUCUUCUUUUCCUGCAUACCCUUUCAACCACUGUUUCCAUUGCACCUCAGGAAAAUAAAAAUGGGAAAUUCAACUAUUCCCUUCUAAUGUUUGAGCUCAAUUCAUACACGAACUCUUAGUCUUUUUACUAUACUUGCUUCUUCAAUUGCUGUUUGUGCACCAAACCAAGGAAAUGGAGUUGAAGAAAGACAAGUUUGUCAGAUUUUACCAUGAAGAAAACAAUAAAGAUAGUAACUUAGAGAAGCCGUUACCAGUGUUCAAAGUAGCAGCAGCAGAGCCUUUGUUUGAGGCAGAAGGAGGUAGAAGUAGUAGUAGUAGAAACAGAAUUUAUAUUCCAAAAUUUGGAAGGUUUAAAGUUUUCCCAGAAAAUGAGAAUCCAUGGAGGAAGAAGAUUCUUGACCCUGGAAGUGAUAUUUUCCUGCAAUGGAACAGAGUUUUUCUCUUCUUUUGCUUGGUAGCACUUUUUGUUGAUCCACUCUUCUUCUACCUUCCCACGGUUCUAAUUCAUGGUAACUCUUCAUGUAUGGCCACUGAUUUGAAUUUAGGAAUUGUUCUUACCUUUUUUCGCACCCUCGCCGAUGUAUUCUACUUGCUGCAAAUGAUCUUAAAGUUUAGGACAGCCUAUGUUUCUCCAAGUUCAAGAGUUUUUGGGAAAGGUGAACUUGUUAUGGAUCCAAAGAUGAUUGCAAGGAGGUAUCUGAAACUUGAUUUCUUCAUAGAUCUCAUAGCUGCCUUGCCUCUUCCUCAGAUUGUGAUAUGGUUUAUCAUACCAGCAAGCAGAAGCUCUCAUUCUGAUCAUACCAACAAUGCGGUUGUACUGAUUGUUCUCCUCCAAUAUGUUCCUAGAUUGUAUCUGAUAUUUCCACUAAGUGCUCAGAUUAUCAAAACGACUGGCGUUGUUACAAAGACAGCUUGGGCAGGGGCUGCAUACAAUCUCCUUCUCUAUAUGCUAGCUAGUCAUAUCUUAGGAGCAUCAUGGUAUUUGUUGUCGUUUGAAAGGUAUGCAAUGUGCUGGAAAUCAUCCUGCAAAAACGAAAUUGUCCCAGUUAGAUGCCUUCUCAAGUACUUGGAUUGUGAUGCUUUGGACGAUGAUAAUCGCCAGAAUUGGAUGAACAGCACUAUGGUUUUCAACACCUGCGACCCUGAAAUAAAUACUUUCAAAUAUGGAAUAUUUGAAAAUGCAGUAAGUAAUAACGUUCUGUCCUCACAGUUUCUCGAGAAGUAUUUAUAUUGUCUUUGGUGGGGUUUACAAAACUUGAGCUCCUACGGCCAAAGUCUGAGCACAACCACAUUUGUAGGUGAGACUUGUUUUGCCAUUCUUAUUGCCAUCUUGGGUCUGGUUCUGUUUGCACACUUGAUCGGAAACAUGCAGACAUAUUUGCAAUCGAUCACAGUGAGGCUUGAAGAAUGGAGGCUAAAGCGUAGAGAUACUGAAGAGUGGAUGAAACAUCGUCAACUCCCUAAAAAUCUUCAAGUGCGUGUUAGGAGAUUCGUUCAGUAUAAGUGGUUGGCAACUCGUGGAGUAGAUGAAGAAUCAAUCUUGAAUGGCCUACCAACAGAUCUCCGUCGAGAUAUCCAACGCCAUCUUUGCUUGGACCUGGUUAGACGUGUACCCUUUUUUGCCCAGAUGGACGAUCAGCUACUAGAUGCCAUAUGUGAGCGCUUGGUCUCCUGCUUAAGUACUCAAGGAACUUACAUAGUACGUGAAGGUGAUCCAGUUACUGAAAUGCUCUUCAUUAUUCGAGGAAAGCUUGAGAGCUCAACUACAAAUGGUGGCAGAACCGGUUUCUUUAACUCAAUAACCUUAAACCCCGGAGACUUCUGCGGCGAAGAGCUACUUGCCUGGGCAUUGCUUCCAAAAUCUACACUCAACUUACCUUCAUCAACAAGGACAGUGAGAGCUCUAGACGAAGUAGAGGCAUUUGCUCUUCGAGCAGAAAACCUCAAAUUCGUUGCCAACCAGUUCAGAAGGCUCCACAGCAAGAAGCUUCAGCACACCUUCCGUUUCUACUCCUACCAUUGGCGAACAUGGGCGGCUUGCUUCAUUCAGGCUGCGUGGCGGCGAUACAAGAAACGUAAGCUGGUCCAUAACCUAAGCAUGGCGGAAUCUUACUCGUCGAAUCAUUUUAGCGAACAGUUAGUGGGCGAUGAUGAUGGAGAAUAUAAAGAGAAAGGAAGAGAAGAGAGUGGCAGUGGAUAUUCUCCGAGUUCGAAGUCGCAGGGGAAACCCCAUUUGGGAGUUACGAUCCUGGCUUCCAGAUUCGCGGCGAACACGAGAAGAGGAGCCCAGAAAGUCAAGGACGACGAUCACGAUGCUGAGUUGCCCAAGUUUCAGAAGCCUGAAGAGCCAGACUUUUCAGUACUCGAGCCGGAAUAUGAAUAGAUUUUCCCAUUCAAAUGAAAAAGAAAAAAAAAUGUUAUUUGUAAAGUAAGCACUAAAAAUGUGUAAGAUUCAUCAAAAAUUGUGAAAAAAAAAAAAUUCUUUUUGUUCUUACAAAUUGAAAUUGUGAUAAAUAAAUAAAUAAAAAUGGUUGCAAA